UGCGCAGUAACUGAUCUAGAUGUAGACAAGUUAUUCUAACUAAUAGAUCUAUAUUUAUAGAUCUAGAUCUCUAUAUCUAUAUUGUAGAUCUAUCAUCUAGAAGAUAGGCAUAGAGUCUACUAAUAAUCUAGAUCUAGACUAGGUCUAAUAUGGUGUAACUAAAGUGAAGAGCUCUCUAUGGAUCUGAGAAGUAUGUCUGUCACCGAUAUUAAAGUCACAAUGAAUGAUGAUGUCUCCAAAGUACACAACAAUCAGGACACUGGCUCACAUAAUGGACUCUGGCCUGUACCACCUUGUCUCAAAAUAUCCUGUGAUGAAAACAGCUGCCUCUGGCAUCGCUGCAUACUGAAAAUCCCACAACAUGUUAUCUGGCAUGCUGAAGUACGGAAAAUCACUUUGGACAAAAGAUCAGGCGAAUCAUUUGGCUUCACACCCAAAGCUAAACAACAUACUGAGGGCAAAGAUUUUUAUUAUCUUGUGAAAACUGUUGACCAGAAUGGACUUGCUGCCCAGUGUGGCCUAAGGACUGGAGACCUGAUACUAUCUGUCAAUCAGAUACCCAUUCAGUCACAAAACAAGUUGUCAGAAAUCAGCUUUAAAAAAAUGAACUCAGUCAAGUUGCAAAUACAGCGCCCGUAUGCCUUGUCUCAAACUGCCAACAAAUAUAUUGCUCAACUUUCCAAAUCUAUGGAGUUGAAUGUAGAUUUUCUUGAAUUCCCUGGUAUUCAACAGCCAAGAUCACCAGAAAGUCCCUCUACUCUAUUUUGGCAUGCACCCUCUGAUUAUGAAAACAUACCAUUGCCACCUGUAGUGCCUCGACGAGUUCCAAGAAUUAAUAUCCAUAAACUUCCUCAAGUCCGAAUGUUUGUUAUUGGUCAUGCCAUGAAAGAGUUUGUCCAUCAUAUGUUUGGUCUUGAUUUGCCUGCUGAGUCAAAGCCCUGCUGUCUUCAUUUAUCAAUGAAACGAUUUCGAGAUGGAUUUGUGACUUGUGGAAACAUUGAGUCUUUCUCCUAUUUGAUGACUGAGGGUUCUGAAGAGUGUAUCAACAUAGAGCUGUUUUGUGUUCCUGAAGACAGUUUCUUUCAUCUUUGUUGUAGCUGGAUGUUUACACCUCUCUCAGUGUUUGUUCUAACAUUUGACACCAACCGCCUGUCACAGUGCAGCAAUGUUGAACUUGUAAGACUGAAGAGCUUGGUCCAGACAGUUAAAGCUAAUACUUCUUGGGAAAAUAAAAAUGUAUAUGUGUAUGGUCUUUCUCAAGGUUCUGAGAUCAUAAGAAAGGAAGAGAUCCAAACACUGUUCUAUACAUUGCCAGAUAAAUACUUGCCCUUGCCUGUAGUUCUUUCGACAGCUAGCGACAAUUAUAAAGCUAUUUUACAGGCCAGAACAGAGCUUUACCAAGUACUAUCUCAAGUAACUAAACAACAGAAUGUUACCACUUCAACAAUCCUGGCAUUGGAUCUGUUAUUAUCUUUCGAGUCACUUACAAUAACCUUGGACCAGCUGGUAAAACUACUGGAAGAUCGAGAUCAAGAAAUGUCCAAACAUAAGCUGCAGACACUGCAAGACCUGACCGACACAGGGAAUCUAAUUGUGACAGGUGGCAAUAAUUGUGGAGUAGAGUACAUUCUUCCUGUCAAAUUGUUUACAAGUUUAUCAAAUUUGGCUAAAUGUAUGGAGACAUAUCGUACAUCAAUGGCUGAUCAAAAUAUGAACUGGAAGUUAUGUAUUACUGGAAUGGCCACAAGGUCGGAUCUAAUGGAUAUAGCAGCACAGUGCACCGACGACAGUCACAAAUUUGUUGCCUGCAUGGAAUUUUUAAGGUUGAUCAUACCCAUGAAACCGUGCGGAUCUUCACCUACAAGUGACUCUGGAUUUAAUGAUGAGAUGCAGAACUUAUUGUUUCCUUUGUUUCUGGAAGAUAUUCCAUUUGUGCCUCCCGAUGCUUAUAGCAAAUAUUUUACACUGGAAGCUUCAGAGGAUUUAUCAGUACCUUUCUUCUAUGACUUGAUCAGCACACUGAGUCAAAGUCAAGACUGUCAUACAUUUACUAUGGUCAGUCAGAUGACUGCACACUUUGAUAUAAAUGGAUUGGAGUUUUAUUUGAACUUUAUAAAGCCAGACAGACAGUUGGUUGUUUAUAGACCAAGAUCUGAUCAAGGUAUGAACAAGGCAUUAGCCAGAUUAAUUUUUGAAUUGUUGGAACAUCUUCAAACUCAAGUGAAGUUUGUACUUACAUAUGAAGAGCAGUCACCCUCACAGUUAGGCAGAGUUCUGAACCCUAGUGCAUCACCUUCAGUACUAAGCAGACAAGUUUCUAAUGAAAUGGACUACCAGCUUCUUGAGGUGGCUCAAGACAAAGUUCUGGAUAUGAGAGUGGCAAAUAUACGUUGCAUUGGACCUGACCUUCAGAGAAUUUACAGACAUCUUAGUAUUGAAAAUGGAUGGGAAAAAUUAGCAGGUCUCUUUGGUUUGACUGUGUCCGAUAUAAUGGUUUAUGAAUCUAUACGAAGUAAUCGACUACCAGCAGAAAACUUCUUGGUGAGCUACUUUCAUGAGACUGGCUGCACGCUUCGAACUUUUCUUAAAGCUCUACGAGAUCUAGCUUCAGAAAAUAACGAGUGCCAAGAACUGGCAGAACAUCUGUGGAACUCAGCCUUAUAUCACAAUAGUGACUUUUUUAGGCAUUAUGCCAACAGGCAAUAAUUCAAUGGAACGUCCUGAAUUGUUUACCUUUUGAUUUUAUCUGUAAAUAACUAUGUACAUACAGUCUAACACAAAGUUUUGACUAAUGGUCAUUACAUUGUCUUUGAGUUUGGAUUAGUCCUAAUCUUAAGUUUAAUCAACUGUUAGUUACCAUCCACCUGACCUAUUUACCCUGCACCUAUAGUCAAGGAAUUUAUUUCUUUGAUCCUAGGUUCUUGGUAUGUUUCCAUUUUACUAUUUUCUUUUCAAUUUGUGUACAUAGUGUCAUAUAUCUAUAAUUUGACUAUCAAUGGAAUCACAAAUGCUAACAUGGCUUUGGGAUAAAAAGAUCAAACUUGUUUUUUUGUUAUUAUUGUAUAACUUGUGAGUAUUUUGCAAUGUUUGACUGUGAUUAUGUUUACCACACUUUCAAAUAGUGGGCUGUUGAUUGUUUAAUGUCUAUAUUUAAUGAUAGAACAUAAACAUCAUUUGGAACUGUUCUUUCAAAUGUACAGUAAAUGUUACUUUUAUUCAGAUAGAUAAAGCUUAUAAACGUCUCAUUCUCAGGUAGACCUGUAGUUAAAUUUUCAAACCUCAAAAUGUAUCUCUAGCUUGUUUCUGGUAGUGCCAGUGUUUCUCUUUCAUUGGAAUGAAAUAAGCAUUAUUACUGUAUAGGCUGCUGUCACAUAUGACACCAUAGACUCUGUGAAGCUAAUAGGAGGAGCUACAUGAUGCAAUUGCACUAGUUCUUUAUAGAGUCAUUGAGAUCUGUAUGUGAAAAUGCCAGGUUUUGUCGUAUAGGUUUGUAACUUUUAGUUAGUUAGGAUUUUGUCUGCAGUUUAUUAAGUUAGUGACAUAGUUAUUUAGUAAUGAAAGCAGCACUCUACUAAAUCUGUAGACCUGAAUCUGUUUCAUAAGACGUUGAUAUAGCAAAACACAAAUGUGGCUAAUAAAGUUGUACCUGUAGUCAAAGUUCUUCAGCAAACAAAACAUUACCACUUAGCCUCAAUACUGGAAAGGUUUUGUAUUUAUAUAAAAAAAAAUGCAUUAAUUUAAUGUACAGGUUGGUUUAAAAAUGUUUCUCAUAUCUUGAUGUAGGUGAGCAUAAUAUGUCCAUUGUAAUAUAUAUAUAUAUAUAUAUUAUACUUUAAACCUUAUUAUCUUUGUACAUUUUCUGAUGAAAUUUAAAAAAAAAAAAUUAGGGGGGGGGGGGGGGGGUUAUGGGGAAAUCUAUUCAUCCUAAAAGAAAACUAAUUUACAAAACUUGUUUAUUUUUAUGUAAAUACAAGUGAGCCAAGUUGCUCCGCCACUGAACAAAGAGAGAUGUACAUGUUUAUGAUUUUAACAGAUAAUGAAAUAUCGUGAAACUUUGAAAAGUAUACUAUUUUAAACAUUAGCAUUUUGAAAGCAAUUCAUAAUUUAUACACUUAUUCACUUUUAAACCAUUUAGAUGUGGUUUUGAUCAAUUUAAUGUAAAGAUUUUUCCAUCAGGUACCAAAAGAAAUGUUUCUAUUUUAAAGACUUUCUUUCUAGUACAAUCAUUUAAAAACAAACCAUUAUCUGUGCUUGUAUUGAUACAAAUUGAUGUUUUCUAUAAAUAGUUAUUCCUUGCCUAUAUAAUUCAUUGUCUACUUUAUACAAAUUUUUUGUAUAGGAGGAGGGGGGUGCCAAUUACCAUUUAUUUCUUACUUUUAGUUUUACUGUGCACCUUUUAUAUUUUGUGCAGUUUAUGUUUUAUCCAUCACUGUUUAAUAGAAAAUGUUUUUAAUAUUAACAUGAAUAUAAUAUGACAUUCCUACUUGCCCUUAUACUACAAACUUGUUUUUUCAAUUUCCUGCGAUUCAUUCUAGCAGAAAGGGAGUUAACUAUAAGUCCUAGUUAUGUCUCAGUUGUUCUUUUUUUUUUGUUUAUGAAUUAUAAUAGAAAGCAGCUUUAUUCUCUCAAGGGACUGAACUCUCUUUCACUUGUAAGAACAAACUACAUACCGGUAUUGUAGACAGUUUCUUAAUUCCUAGCACUGUGCUGUCUUGUCUAAAUGAGGUGGCCAUAAUGGAAAGAAGCACUAACCUAUGUUUAGUUUAGAUCUAUUGGCAUUCAAUUAAAUUCAUAAAUUUGCAUGAAAAAAAAAAGUACCUAUCUUCCUGGUUUGUAAGUACUUGCUUCUGUGCAGUCAUCCAAUUGUAACUGUACUCAAAAUGAGGACAGAUGCAUUGACCAGGUUAUUGACAUUAUUGUUUCAGUUUUGUAUAAUCAUAAAUCUAUAUAUCUUUUAUACAGAAUUAGAAUGUCUAUACAGGUGUGCAUAAUUCUCUCUUAAUAUAUAUAUAUUGUUCUCAAAUUAUGCAUAUCUAUGUACAUAAUCGAUGUAAAUGUAUAUUACAAUGUAUAUUACAAUAAAAAUAUUUAAUCAAUGUAAAUGUAUAUUACAAUAAAAAUAUUUAAUCAUCCUU